GCCAGGCCACGGGUCCUAAGUCAAGUGACGCGGAGCGGCUGGCCCGCGCGCCCACUGCGGAACAGAGAGGCUGGAGAAUGGACUUGCUGGGGGUGGUUCGCAUUCUCUCUCUACUGCUGGUGCCGCUGCUGCUGGGUUCUGCCCGCGGCCUGCGCAAUGCUUCCCAGAGGACGUUCAAGAUCGACUAUGGUCACAACCGCUUCCUGAAGGAUGGCCAGCCUUUCCGCUACAUCUCGGGAAGCAUUCACUAUUCCCGUGUGCCCCGCUUCUACUGGAAGGACCGGCUGCUGAAGAUGAGGAUGGCUGGGCUGAACACCAUCCAAACGUACGUGCCCUGGAACUUUCACGAGCCCCAGCCAGGACAGUACCAGUUUUCUGGGGAACAUGAUGUGGAAUAUUUUAUUAAGCUGGCCCAGGAGCUGGGACUGCUGGUCAUCCUGAGGCCUGGACCCUACAUCUGUGCAGAGUGGGACAUGGGAGGAUUACCUGCUUGGCUAUUAUUAAAAGAGUCUAUCAUUCUCCGUUCUUCGGAUCCAGAUUACCUUGCAGCCGUAGACAAAUGGUUGGGAGUCCUCCUGCCCAAGAUGAAGCCUCUCCUCUAUCAGAAUGGAGGGCCGAUCAUAACCGUGCAGGUUGAAAAUGAAUAUGGCAGCUACUUCACCUGUGAUUAUGACUACCUGCGGUUCCUGCAGAAGCUCUUCCGCUACCACCUGGGCACUGACGUGCUUCUGUUCACCACUGAUGGGGCACAUGAGACAUUCCUGCAGUGCGGGGCACUGCAAGGGCUGUAUGCCACAGUGGACUUCGGACCAGGUGCAAACAUCACCGCUGCUUUCGGAAUCCAGAGAAAGAGUGAGCCCAGAGGGCCAUUGGUGAAUUCUGAAUUCUAUACUGGCUGGUUAGACCACUGGGGCCAACCUCACUCAACAGUGAAGACUGAAGUGGUGGCUUCCUCCCUCCAUGAUAUACUUGCCCAUGGGGCGAAUGUGAACUUGUACAUGUUUGUAGGUGGAACCAAUUUUGCCUAUUGGAAUGGGGCCAACAUGCCCUACCAAGCACAGCCCACCAGCUACGACUAUGACGCCCCACUGAGCGAGGCAGGGGACCUCACUGAGAAGUAUUUUGCUCUGAGAGACGUUAUUCGGAAGUUUGCAAAAGUACCAGAAGGUUUUAUCCCUCCAUCUACACCCAAGUUUGCAUAUGGAAAAGUUGCUCUGAAGAAGUUAAAGACAGUGGAGGAUGCACUGAACAUUCUGUGUCCAUCUGGGCCCGUAAAAAGCCUUUAUCCCUUGACGUUUAUCCAGGUGAAACAGUAUUUUGGGUUUGUGCUGUACCGAACAAUGCUUCCUCAAGACUGCAGUGACCCCACACCCCUGUCCUCACCCCUCAGUGGAGUCCACGACCGGGCCUAUGUCGCCGUGGAUGGGGUGCCCCAGGGAGUCCUGGAUCGAAGUGAGGUGAUCACUCUGAACAUCACUGGGAAAGCUGGAGCCUUUCUGGACCUUCUGGUGGAGAACAUGGGACGUGUGAACUAUGGCAGAUAUAUCAAUGAUUUUAAGGGUCUUAUUUCUAACCUGACCCUUGGUUCCAAAAUCCUCACGGACUGGAUGAUCUUCCCACUGGACACUGAGGAUGCGGUGCGCAGACACCUGGGAGACUGGCAUGGCUGUAACAGUGGCUGCCAUGAUAAAGCCUUGGCCCACAGCUCAUCUAACUACACACUGCCGGCUUUUUAUAUGGGGAACUUCUCUAUUCCCAGUGGGAUCCCAGACUUGCCCCAGGACACCUUUAUCCAAUUUCCUGGAUGGACCAAGGGUCAGGUGUGGAUUAAUGGCUUUAACCUGGGGCGAUACUGGCCAGCGCGGGGCCCCCAGAUGACUCUGUUUGUGCCACGGCACAUCCUGGUGACCUCGGCCCCAAACACCGUCAUGGUGCUAGAACUGGAGCACGCGCCCUGUGGCGACAAUGGCCCGGAGCUGUGCACUGUGGAGUUUGUGGACCGGCCGGUUAUCAGUGCCACCCCGACCUCUGGUCGGUCAUCCCCUCCAGACCUGCCUUAUCAACACUGGGGACUGGACUAUGUCUGAUGGCUAACCACUGUGACCCUUUGGAGUUUCGGCCUUACACAUACCUCACAUAUCCCCCCGGGUAAUGCCAACAUUCACUGGAAAGUUUGAUUGGAAAAUAGAUCUAGCAUGUGCAUUUUCUCUGGAGGUUUCCGGGCAGCCUCGUGGUGCACAGCCCUCCACCGGCGGGGACCACCGUGAAUGCGUGAUGAGCGUGGUGGCACAAGAAGGCACGAUGCAUCUGCCCGGUUGGAAUGAAAGCUUUAAAGGUGUUCCUGAUUUUUAUUUUGGAGGAAUCAUGUUGUCUUUUUGUGAAAUAAAAUUUGUAUUCAAGUGAU